UGUGCUGAAAACGUUCAACACAAAUGUGUACAAAUUUGUUUCCAUACGUAUAAGACCACGCUUGGCUGUUAUGUUGUAAACAGUGCAAAAUCAUAUUCGAUUCGAAGCCGGAAAAAUCACAUAAAUAGUAAAUAAAAUGUCGAAUACUAGUGACACCAACACAGAAGACAUUAUUCGACCAAUGCACUGUGAAUUGCACGCAUUGACUCGAUCUGAUGGGUCUGCUUUGCUCACACAAGGAGAAACGGCAGUGAUGGCAUCCGUGUACGGUCCAAUUGAGGUGAGACUACAAAAUCUGCGUAUUGAUAAGGCUCAUGUCGAAGUUUAUUAUCGGCCUAAAAGCGGACUUCCCAGUGUUGGUGACCGGUUAAGAGAGCAGAUGAUACGGAAUACCUGUGAAACGGCGCUACUAUCUGUCCUAUAUCCGCGAACGGCAAUAACUAUACAGUUACAAGAAAUGGAGGACAAUGAAGGGCUGAUCGCAUGUUCUGUAAACGCUGCCUGCUUGGCAUUGAUUAGCAGCGGUUUGUCCAUGAAAUUCCUAAUCGGAGCCGUUCAUUGCAUUGUUGAUGCAAAUAGUGACAUAAUACUCGAUCCAAAUCAUCGACAAUCGGCCGAAGCAGUGGCUCAUUUUACAUUCGUUUUCGAUAGCGUGCAGAAGAGCACGGUAGCACUUCAUACAUCGGGUAAAUACACAAUUGGGCAGUACAAUGACGCUCUGGUUCGCUGUAAAGAAGCUUGUCAUUUGGUGUUCCAAUUUUAUAAGGAAGCGGUAAAAAAAUUUGCAAAAGUUCUGUGACGAAAGUUCAUGUCAAUAAAUUGUUGAUUCU